GGCAGUUCUGGCAUGUAUCUGACCUACAUUUAGAUCCGACUUACCACAUUACCCCUGAUCGCACCAAAGUUUGUUCUUCUUCCAAAGGAGCCAAUGCCUCCAACCCAGGCCCUUUUGGAGACUUUCUGUGUGAUUCUCCAUAUCAACUUAUUUUGUCAGCAUUUGCAUUCAUGAAGGAUUCAAACCAGCAGGUUUCAUUCAUGAUUUGGACAGGAGAUAGUCCUCCUCAUGUUCCAGUAAAAGCACUGUCCACAAAGUUGGUCAUUAGCAUAAUUGGCAAUAUGAGUUCUACAAUUCGUCAUUUCUUUCCAGAUCUUCAGGUUUUUCCAGCUCUGGGCAAUCAUGACUACUGGCCACAGGAUCAGCUUCCUGUAACUACCAGUGAAGUUUAUGAUGCUGUAGCAGAUUUCUGGAAGCCUUGGCUAACUGAUGAAGCAAUCAACACCUUCAGAAAAGGUGGCUUCUACACACAGCUGUUUGAAUCCAGUGGUAGCUCUCAACCACUCAGGAUUAUCAGUUUGAACACAAAUUUGUAUUACAGCCCCAACAGUGUAACUGUGAAUGUCACUGACCCAGCCAACCAGUUUACUUGGCUGGAGGGAAUACUAGAAACCUCUUCACAAAAGAAGGAAAAGGUAUACAUAAUAGGACACGUACCAAUAGGAUACCUGCCAUAUGCAAAGAAUACUACAGCUAUCCGGGAGUAUUACAAUGAGCGACUGGUAAUGAUUUUUCGCAAAUACAGUAGCGUUAUUGCAGGGCAGUUUUUUGGACAUACGCAUAGAGAUAGUAUCAUGGUCCUCCUGGAUGAAGAAGAAAAGCCAGUGAAUUCCUUGUUUGUGGCACCUGCUGUAACCCCAGUGAAGAACGUAUGGCAAAUGGAGUCCAAUAACCCUGGUGUCAGAUUGUAUCAAUAUGAUCUUCUUGAUUAUAGAUUGCUGGAUCUUUGGCAGUUUUACUUGGAUCUCAGAGACGCCAACAAGAAAAAUGAAUCGAACUGGAAAUUAGAAUACAUCCUGACUAAAACUUACGGCAUUGAAGACUUGACGCCAGAAAGCCUAUAUGAAAUGGCCAAGCAGUUGUCUGUCCCACACAGUACACUGUUUCAGCAGUAUUACAGUAACUUCAUUGUGAGUUAUGACAAAACCAUUGUCUGUGAAGAGGGGUGUAAGACUUGCCAAAUAUGUGCAAUCCAAUAUUUGGAUUACUCCUCGUACACAGAUUGUAUCAAUCGGGAAGCAACGUGGAGAUGAAGUCUCUGGGCAAAUUUAUGCUGAUACUGCCGUUAGCCUGUGAUUUAAAGAACUUGCUCAUCCUUUUGCUCAAGCACUGACAUGCUGACAGGGAGCCUGUGGGACUUCUCUGAAUUUCAGGAGAGCAAUAAAUCUCCCUAGAUCUUUCUUCUUGUAAAUGUGUUUACUUCCACAUCUGAAUAA